AUGAGCUCUGUGCUAUCCAUCGUCUUGCAGGAACUCCCAGGCCCGUUCCUAGUCCUGGGGAUCUUCCUGCCUGUGACUUUGCUGCUUUUCCUCCUGAUUGCCUACUUCAGGAUCAAAUUGAUGGAGGUUGAUGAAGAACUGUCUCAAAUUUCUGAUCGCCAAAACAAGUACAGUCCUUCCCUAUACAGGCGGAUGAGACGAAGAUGACUGUGGGGAUCAUUCACUGGACAAAGAACCAUGAAUUUCACAGGCCACAGAACAGUGGUCAACAGAUCCAUGGGGAAAUGAGAACAAUGGAUACAUCAGCUACUACUAGAGGACUUCUGUGUGAUCUUCAGAAAGUACCAAGGACUUAAAAUUUUCUUUCAUAUGCUCAAUGCAUGAGGCAUAUCUUGAGUUUCUUUUGUUAUGACUGUGUUUAUUUACUUGGAAGAGUGUUUUUAAAAUAAAAUUUGUAGACCUAAUCAUAUUACUCUUUGAAAGCUCACAUAAUUUUCUCUUUAAAAGUAAGGAAAGGCUGAGAGAAAUUAAAUGGUGCUGUGGGAACUCCUUCAGCCAAUAUAGCCUUUAAGAUACCUGCCCACUAUGGGAGUGGUCUCAUGUACUAUAAAUGCAGAUGAAAAGCGGCACCAGCCUCUUGGCUGCUGGAUUCCUCCUGUUCCCAUGGCACACAGAGGACUGUGGAUCACUCUUCUUUCUGUGAGUUUAUCCUCAGAUGAAUAAACCUUUGUUAUACUCCA